AUGUCUUCCGAGGAGAUCACCCACCCUACCAUCAAGGAUGGCUGGUUCCGAGAGAUCUCGGACAUGUGGCCCGGCCAUGCCAUGACCCUCCGCGUCGAGAAGGUCCUCGUCCACGAGAAGAGCAAGUACCAGGAUGUCCUCAUCUUCAAGUCCACCGACUUUGGCAACGUUCUGGUUCUCGACAACGUUAUCCAGUGCACCGAGCGUGACGAGUUCUCCUACCAGGAGAUGAUCGCCCACCUCGCCCUCAACUCCCACCCCAACCCCAAGAAGGUUCUUGUCAUUGGCGGUGGUGAUGGCGGUGUUCUCCGUGAGAUCGUCAAGCACGACUGUGUUGAGGAGGCCACCCUCUGCGACAUCGACGAGGCUGUUGUCCGCCUCUCCAAGGAGCACCUCCCCUCCAUGGCCUGCGGUUUCGACCACCCCAAGUCCAAGACCCACAUUGGCGAUGGCUUCAAGUUCCUCAACGACUACAAGAACGAGUUCGACGUCAUCAUCACCGACUCCUCCGAUCCCGAUGGUCCCGCCGAGGCUCUCUUCCAGAAGAGCUACUUCCAGCUCCUCCACGACGCUCUCCGCGAGGGCGGCGUCAUUACUACUCAAGCCGAGAGCCCCUGGCUUCACCUCCCCCUCAUCACCCGCCUCAAGAAGGACUGCCAGGCUAUCUUCCCUGUCGCCGAGUACGCCUACACCACCAUCCCUACCUACCCCUCCGGUCAGAUUGGCUUCAUGGUCUGCUCCAAGGACCCCAAGGCCGAUGUCAAGACACCUCUCCGAUCCUGGACGAAGGAGGAGGAGGACGCCAAGUGCCGAUACUACUCUGCUGAGAUCCACAAGGCCAGCUUCGUCCUUCCCAAGUUCGCCCAGAAGGCUCUUGAGUAA